AGUCACUGAUUUAGUACUUCCCACAUAUACUUCUUUCAAGGCAGGCAAAAAGUUCUUGUGGGCUUGUUUUACAAUUACCUGGUGCCUAGCCGGUGACAUUUUCAUCAGGUCAGAGUCCAUACUCCACCUCAAACAACUUUCCGAGAAGGUGACUAACUUCAUCCGUUUACCUGAAGAUGGAAAAGUUUAAGGAAAUAACUGCUCCAGCUGGUGACAAGUUUCGGAAGCUUCAAAAGAUUGUCAGCGAUAUCAAGAAAAAUGAUGGUGGAUUGUUACGAAAGUUCAAACAGUUUCAAACUGAGCAAGUUGCAUUAUUACGACAAACUGGAAAAACUACAUGGGACUGGAUAAAAGUUAAAGUACCUCCAUCGGUACCAAGUAGAGAUUAUCCUCCAGAUGCAAGGCCUGAACAUCAUGAACCAAAUGAAUGGUCAGAUGAUGAGGAAGAUUCUCAGGACGAUUAUGAACAUCCAGAUGGGCAGUCAGAUUCAGAAAUGUACCAGUGCCCAGAAGAGGGUAAUUACGAGCCCCCACCAACUGGUCCUGUCAAAAGGCAAGGCAUUCAACUGCCUGUCUUCAAUAAUUCAAAGGCAGAAUAUGCAGAUAAAAAACCAGCAGUAGAGAAAUCUGCAUACUCUUUCAUGCCGCCUGUCCCUGGGGGAUAUCAACCUGAAUUUGCACACCGGCAUCUUGGGCAUGAAAACCUAAAAGAAAAUACUGAUGAUGAUGAUUACAUUGUACCAGAGAAUGAUGACAAUUAUAUUGAUCCGGUAGAGGAUAAUUCUUCGUCAAAACCUCCAAAUGUGAACAGACGUGAAAAGCCUUCACAUGCUAAAUCUCACUCAAGUCCUGCCAAAGCCAAACCUCUCCCACCAGAACCUUCCGCAGAGGUAUAUGAAGUACCCGAUAAAGAGGAAGAAUCUCCACCUUCAGUAACCAGAAAAAUGUUCACUGGGCAUAAAUCUAGUCCUAUGUCAGAAAAACGUGGGCCUACUUCGUAUGCAAAGGAAAACAACAGAGUGAUACCACCUUCAAAACCUACUCGUCCAAAACAUGAACAGAAAAGAUAUGAUGAAUAUGAAGUAUCUGACCAGGACAAUGUUAGCAGUGCAAGUUCUGAAGAAUCCAUUUCCGCCACAAAACCAGUUGCACCCAAACCACAUCCACGGCCACGAGUUCAGCCAGGAAUGAAUAUGCAUUUUCCAAAACCACCAAAGCCACUUCAAAAACCUACACUUUUCCCUAAUAAUGAAGAAUUGUCUGCUAUUACAGAGCGACGAAGAGGAUCAGGUGUGGGACAGGAAGCACCACCUCCUCCUCCAGUGCCAAAUACAGCCCCAAAGCCUCCAAGUAUCAAUACAUUACCUGUCACUCAGUCACCAAUCAGACCUCCAGAAGUUCCAAGCCGACCUGCAGCCACCCUGCCAAGGAACAAUAUUCCAUCCAGUACAUCAAGUACUGAAAAAGACUCUGGUGUUUACAGAAAAGUAUGGUAUGCAAGCUCUUGUUCGAGAAAAGUAGCUGAGGAUGCCUUAAACAAAUCCAGCAAGGAUGGCUCUUUCCUUAUAAGAAAAAGUUCUGGUCAAGACCCUCAACAACCAUACACUCUAGUUGUUCUGUAUAACAGACGAGUGUACAAUAUUCCCAUACGAUAUAUUGAUACCACAGACCAAUAUGCCUUAGGAAGAGAAAAGAGUGGUGAAGAUAGGUUUGGCAGUGUAGCUGAAAUGGUAGAAUAUCAUCAGCAAAAUGCACUUGUUCUUAUAGACAGUCAAAAUAAUACCAAAGAUUCAACCAAGCUGAAGUACCCUGUACAAGUUUCACAAUCAAAAUGAAAGAAGACACAACUGCAAUGGUAGAAUAAUUGAUUCUGAGUAUACUGUAUGCUGCUCAUCAGUACAGAGGCCAGCUAUUUUUUAAAGUUGUCAAACUGAACAUUUAAAAAUGAAAUGCUGUGUUAAAAUUGUUGCAUCAGUCAUAGCAUUGCUGAAAUCUGGGCAGUUUCCUCUAAGAAACUUGGACUUUGGAGCCGGUCAUGUUAUGGUUGAAAUACUAAUGUUCUAAGCAAUAUUGUGAGAAUGUAGGAACUUCAAAAGAAAAUGGCACAACAGUGAACAGUUCAGUAAUACAGAAUGAAAAAACUAGACUAUUUUGAUUCUAAAAUCCAGAGGUCAUUCAGAUUAGGUUUAUUGUUUACAAACGUGUUGUAGUUUCCUCAGCUGAAUAAUAACUUCCAAAAUUACUUAUGACACAUAUCUUAAUAUAAAAUUAGAAAACAUUUGUAUGCCUAAGUGGGAAGUCAUCUUUUUUCAAAGCUACACUGGGGGAAAUACAAUUUCACAAUAUUAUGCCAUAAAUAAAACAACUUUUCCUCAGAAGUUGAUACUAAUUUAAAAAAAAAAAUAAAAUCCCAACAAACUAAAAAACUUGUAUACAUAUUAAUGUAGCAAGAGGAAUUGAGCUGCCAUUACUUGAUAAACAUGACACAAAUGAAGUUAUUCUAUGAAAAUCAUAUGAAGGACCAAGCUUCACUUUAGCUGCAGCAUUUUGAAAAAGGAGUUUGCUGAAUUGUCUCAAGGCCAUUUACUGAUGUGCAUAUAUGUUCUGUGUGCUACAUAAUAUCUCUGCACUAGCAGAAGAAAGAAGACAGGUUUAUGUUUGUCUUCCUUUAUAUGGUAUAGAAUAAGACAAAAUAGAUACUAUUUGCAGUUCUUGGCUGAUUCAGAAAAAGGCAAGCACAUUAGUAGUUGCCUUAUAACUUAUUGUGGACCUUGUAUAGGAACUAUGUCAUAGAGAAGAAUACAAACAAGGUGUCAAUAACAGAGACUGGUCAAUACACAUGCUGGUGGAGACUUGUAGGCAACAGACUGCCUUAUUAGACUUGGGAGUGGGUGUCAAACAGACUUCAACAACUGGGCAUAUUCACACUGUGGAAGUAACGAUUGUUAAAAUCUGCAUUACUAACUAACGGCAUGUAACUGCAAUACCUUGCAGUCUGUCUGGUGCACUUGUAUGGAGUAACACCUCCUAACACAAAAUAUACAUAAGAGGGCAAUAUUUCUGUUUCCCAGGUAUCCUUGCUAUAUUGACAUGAUUUUGCUAGCCAUGCUGUUUGGCAAUCUCCUUCAGUGUAAGCAUGCCCAGCAUAAUAUCUGUAACAUACAUGAUGAGCAGUAUUACAUUCUGCCUGUCAUCUCCCUAAUCUUACAGAGAGAGAGAGAGAGAGAGACACACACACACACACA